GUUUGUGGUUUUCGGCUUAGUUCCGGUGAAUUGGCCGCGUUUUGAGUCGCGAAUCUUGUCGGAACACCAUGAUUCUUUUCGAUUGGUUCUAUGGACUUCUCGCAUCUUUGGGGCUAUGGUAAAAAGAGGCAAAGAUCUUAUUUUUAGGGCUUGAUAAUGCGGGAAAAACGACGUUGCUUCAUAUGUUGAAGGAUGAGAGAUUAGUUCAGCAUCAACCAACGCAACACCCAACGUCCGAGGAAUUGAGAAUUGGGAAAAUUAAGUUUAAAGCCUUUGAUUUGGGUGGGCAUCAGAUCGCUCGAAGAGUCUGGAAGGAUUAUUAUGCCAAGGUGGAUGUUGUGGUGUACCUGGUUGAUGCGUAUGACAAGGAAAGAUUUGCCGAGUCAAAGAGGGAGUUGGAUGCCCUCCUUUCUGAUGAGUCACUGGCAUAUGUUCCAUUUCUCAUUCUGGGAAACAAGAUAGACAUACCCUACGCUGCCUCUGAGGAUGAGUUGCGUUACCACCUGGGCCUGACCAACUUCACGACUGCUCGGGGCGGGACGGGGCAAAGGAAGGAAGCAUCGCUCUCAGUUGAGGAGGCAAGUACUUUAGGGAGCUACAGUGACUCUGGGUCCUCUCGGCAUCAAUUGGCAUCGUCUGUGGGAAACAACAUUUACGAAGAUGUCCACACCUUCUAG